GAAUCCAAUAUCAUACAUAGGGAACAGAGGAGAGAGGAUCAAGAGCUGGGUAGACACCUCCGCUACAAUUGUACCACAUCUGCCAGUGUAGUGUAUGCCGGGUACAUAGUCCGCAGCGUUUCCGUCGUCCGUUUCUUCGCCGCGGCAUAGCUUCGUUCUGCGGUCGACCAACCUUGGGUUGAGUGACUAGGGCCAACUUCGAACCAUUCUCCGGCCACAAUGGAGCACUCGUCCCCGCUGGCUGCCAUGCAGCCUCCCUCGGUGAUGUUUGGGCACUGCUUCCGGGCAGACGCUCCGACCUCCUAUGCGUCUUUCAGUCCCAUGCCCCGGCUGGGUCGCAACAGCUUCAACUUCAAAGACCUGUCCAUGAAGAAAGCCCAGGGCGACUAUUUCAAUGUCAAGCCCGUUCGGGGCUCGUCCCCAACGGCCAGCCUGGCUGCGGACCUGUCUCAGAAUUUUCAUAUUGACCAGAGCCCGCAAUUGGCGACGCCCCGACGGUCUUUGUUCACGGCCAAUUUGCUUGGGAAUAGCAACCGGUGUGAGUCUAUGACCACACCUCCGCUGCCCUCGUCCUCACCCGCGCCGGCCCUGGAUCUCAUGGAAAUGUCCCCGUUACCCCACAAGCCAGCGUUCAGCAUUGUCACGGAAGCCGGUCUCGAUUCGCCCAGCCUCGAUUCCUCGAUGGAUACCCCGAUGAUGUCGGCGGAGCCGAGCCCGCUGGAGGAUUCCCCCCUCGUUUCGGCGAAGGACAGCUUGCAAGAGAGAAAACGUCCCACCUUCCUACGGCCGAGCUUGGCCAGGAGCAAAGCUCAGUCUUUUCAGCUUGGCAUGUCGAAGCCCGCCCCGGAGAGCCAGGCACCACCGUUCAAAUUCCAGAGCAAAGGCGGCAAGACGUCGUUGAGCGCAUCCGCAUCACUGGAGGAUCUGUUUGGUGAAUCGCCACAGCGUGAACGGCCUACGUUGAGGAACAACUCGAGCGGCCUACUGGCCAACCCACGGCUGAGACCCCCGUUUGGUAGCAAUGGGAGCAGUGGGAGCCAUGUGCGCGGAAACGGUUCGCCGUCGGCAGCCUCGAUCCGCAAGAGUUCUCACCCCACGAUGCGCCCCCGUAAACAGUGCCGACGUUCGCUGAGCAUGUUUGAGCACCCAGAGGAUAUUGUUGUCGAAAAAGAGGCUAAUUAUACUACAAAUGCACCACUUACCUCGAUCACGGAUAUCGAAGGUACCCCGAGCCUGCAGCUCCCUCAUUGCCUUUCUGAGGACCAGGCCGAUACACUGCCUCGCAUUGACAAGGAUAUUCUUGUGGAGCUCAUGGACGGCAAGUUCAAUGAUCGGUUUGACAACAUCAUGGUUGUCGACUGCCGCUUCGAGUACGAAUAUGAGGGCGGACACAUCACCGGCGCGGUCAACUACAACGACAAAGAGUUUUUGGCCGCCGAGCUCUUCGCGAGCCCCAAGCCACGGACGGCAUUAAUCUUGCACUGCGAGUAUUCUGCCCACCGCGCCCCCAUCAUGGCCAAGUACAUUCGCCACCGGGAUCGCGCGUACAACGUGGAUUCAUACCCGCAGCUCAGUUACCCGGACAUGUACAUUCUCGACGGAGGAUACAGCGCGUUCUUCGCGGAGCACCAGUCACUGUGCUACCCCCAAAAUUAUGUUGAAAUGAGCGCCAAGGAGCACGAAUUCGCCUGCGAACGCGGCCUCGGGAAGGUCAAGCAGCGAUCCAAGCUGAAUCGCGCGCAGACGUUUGCGUUUGGUCAAUCCCCUCAGAUGGAGGACAGUCCCACUGGGCGGUGUCGCAACGACCGCAACCGUUAUCUGGCCUCACCCUUUGCCGAAAGCCCAGCAUCCGGGCGGUUUUCUGGCCGGCGCAUGCUUUCCUACUGAGUUACCCAGCUUAACUCUGUUGAUCACUUCCGGCACCACACGC